CUGUCAUACAACUAUCGCCGGCCAAACGCUUCCUUAAAUGUCUCCAACCAACAACGCCAGACGACUCAAACCCAAACCCAAACCCAAAAGUCCCAAACCCCAAAACCUUAGUCUAUUUAAGGCCAUGUGCAUGUCCAUCAUCCCCAUCCCAAAAUUACCAUCACUUCUCUACCAAAACAAACAUAAAAGGCUAGCCUAGCUUUGUCUCCCUUUUCUCCAUCGACUCGUUAUGGGAAAGACUCCUGAGAUGGGGAUGGGUGGGUUGGCCAUUUUGGUGGUGUUGUUUAUGGGUGCAGCCAUGCCGCAGUUGUCGAGUGGGUUCGAGAAGGGCACCAUCAGGCAGCUGGUGACCAAGUACAACGUGACGAGCGUUUUGGUGUUCGGAGACUCGAGCGUCGACCCCGGCAACAACAACCGCCUGCCCACUCCGAUGAAGGGCAACUUCCCGCCUUACGGCAAGGAUUUCUUCCAAGCCCGCCCCACCGGCCGCUUCUCCAACGGCAGGCUCGCCACCGACUUUAUAGCUGAGGCAUUGGGAUUCACGAAGACAAUCCCAGCAUUCUUGGACCCAAAUCUGAAACCGAAAGAUUUACUACACGGAGUUAGCUUCGCAUCUGCUGCUUCCGGGUACGAUGAACUCACCGCCAAUUUCUCGAAUGUGCUGUCGAUUCCUAGGCAGCUGCAGUACUUGAAGCACUACAAGCUCCACCUGAGCCGGGUGGUGGGCGUGAAGAAUGCGGAAUGGGCGGUGAAGAAUGCGGUGUUUGUGCUGAGCAUGGGAACCAACGACUUCCUCCAGAACUACUACUUGGAGCCAGAAAGGGCCAAGCAAUUCACCGUCCAACAGUACCAGGACUUCCUUUCCACCCAAAUGCUCCACAGCAUCAAGGAAAUGCACAGGCUGGGAGCAAGGAGAUUGGUGGUGGUGGGUGUCCCGCCGCUGGGAUGCAUGCCGCUGGUGAAGACACUGAGGGGCGGCGAAGAGCAGAACAAGUGUGUGGAGGCCAUAAACCAGGUGGCUUCCUCCUUCAACUCCAAGAUCAAGGCCAACUUGGCCCUUCUCCACCGCACCCUCGGGAUCAAGGACGCCUACGUCGACUGCUACGCCGUCCUCCAAAACGCCCUCUCCACCCCACAGACUUACGGUCUCUUACUCCGCUCUAUUCCACACUUAAUCGCACAACUCUCUCAGCUUACAGACUUCCUUUCCCCAUUUCGGUUUGCAGGUUUGGCGGAGACGGCCAAGGGCUGCUGCGGGACCGGAACCAUAGAGUACGGUGACACGUGCAAAGGGUUGAGCACGUGCGAGGAUGCCUCCAAGUACGCCUUCUGGGAUGCGGUACACCCGACGCAGAAGAUGUAUCAGAUUAUCGCCGACGAGGCCAUCAAGUCCUUGUCCGAGGCACUCAUCCGAUGAUGAUUUCAUCAAAACAGCGGAAGACCAAAUUAAUUAUUAACAUGUGUGCUCUGGAUUUAUAUCAAUCAAAUGCGCGUGCAAGCGAUAUUUGCUACUGGGUUGAAUCUAGUCUACCUGUGUUCGUGUAACUGUUGUGUUCCGUUUGAGAGUGAGUUGGCUUGUCGUGAACAAAAGAAAAAGCUAAGAAAUCAAAGUGUGCGUAGAAUUUUGGAGACCGAUAUAUUUUUUUUUUUGUUAUGAAAGUUUAUUAUCAAAUAUCUAUAUUCUAAAUAAAUUAGUGUUGUUUUAUUCUGCAACUAUGUACCUUUUUUUUAGAAAUAGAAUGUUUAAAGGCCAUCCAACUCUUAUUCAAUAAUGAAACGGGUCAGUUGAACUCCAAUAA